UGUUUUCUACAGAUAAUUAUGUAAACACCUCGAUUUUACUUAUUUUUCAUAAAGUUUUUCUAUUGUUUAAGUUAUUAUUAUUUAUAUUUCUUUUAGACAAAAGUAACGAUGACUCAAAACAUCGUCGACGUGAGUCAACUAGUAGUACCGGUAGCUCUUCAAGUAGCUCUUCGAGUUCUUCUUCGAGUUCCUCCUCAAGCAGUGGACCAUCUUUUUAUGAAGAUAGUGAUGAUUCCCAAUUAUCAAGAGGAGAAGUCAAAAAUUAAUAAUAUACAUAGUUCAGACUCUGAAGAAGAAGGUGCCAGCACUAACUACAACUUCUCAAAAGACCAAGACUUGUUUAAUUUAAAUAAUAAUAUUGCUUCAGUUGACACCAUAGAGCAAGUUGACAUGUUAUUGGUAAGUAAUUCAGCAGAAAAUCGAGACAUAAUAGUUAACCAUACAAAUCAGAUAGAUCUGGUCGCAACAGAGAAUAAUUCGCUCGUAGUUGGGAAUGAUACCACUAUGCCAAUAGAGCCAACCACUUCCAACAUCACCCCAACUAAAGUAAAGAGUGAGCCAAUACACGUCAAUGAAAUGUGUUUCGAAGAUUUUUAUGAUUGGAAAAGUGUGUGUAAUCAAAAUAAUUUUAACUUAACAAAAGAUGAAGAUAACCAUGUAGUUAAACUACCAGAAGUAAGAGUAAUAAGAGUUAGUAAAGAUGAUACAAAUGCUAUAUUUUAUAAAAAUUCUUAUGCUGAAACGGACUUUAAAAAAGCCGUCGUUUUGAGAAAAAAGAGAAACAACAAUAUAGAAAUAAAAAAUCUCUAUAAUAAUAAACCCGGGUUAGCUGAACGAAAAAAAUCGGACCUAAUGGAUUUGAUUAAUAAGAAAUUAAUUCCCGGAGUUCAUAGGAGCUUUUACGAAUCGCUCUAA